AAGCUUCUGAACAACUCAGACUAAGUAAAACUGAAAACAUGAUAACAUCAGUUUUUGAGGCGUGAAAUCAAAAGCUUUUGGAUUUUUUUUGUUUAAAAAGUAUUAUUAAGUUGAACGGAAACUAGUAUCACAACUUUUUAGAGAUUUUUUGCAUUAUUUGAUAAAAUAAUGUCUUCUGUCAAGAGAGAUAUUUCGGACACUGACAAUUUGGAUAGACAAAAUGAUAAACACUUUUGUUAGGAAAUAUUUGAAAAUGGGGAUUUACGAACGAGUAUCACUGCUGCUUCUUAUACCAGCUAAUGCACUUUAUGCCAUUGCAAACGUUACACAUUCCUGGUUUGAACUUCCAGGAGUUGCUUGGUACGGAUUAUGGUGGGCCAAAUUUUGCGACAAUAUAGGUGAAUGCCAUUUUGUUCCAGCAUUCUUCACAAAUGAGCCAGCAUUCUAUCACCUACUUCAACUGCUGUGUUUACUGAGCUGGGCAGGACUAGCUCUACCAAUAUACCUACUUCUGUGUGACAGGGAGUUUAUGGUCCUUAAGAGAAACAGACUUCAUUCCAUCGCCAUUAUUUGCGUAGUUUCAGCUUUUAUUUUGAACGGAAGUCUCUUCCUAUUCUACCAUAUGCUGAAUAACUUUCCAAGAGAAAUCGACAAACUGCCCAAGAUGAACUGGGCAGGGGGAUUUGCAGGCAUAUCUUGUGGGCUGCAGUUUAUUGCGGGACUACUUUUACUGCAGACCUGAGCACAGCAUUCUUAUUACUCAUGCUGAAGUAGACCCUUUUUCACCAGUGUUAAUUGGUGGUAAUAAUGAAAUCUCAAGACAACAUUCACAGUGUUAAUGCAGAUAUUAACCAUUUCCACAGAUGUUUACCAUAUUUUGGUUGUUGAACUGACUUAAACUUAAUCUCUUGACAGUUGUACUGUAUUACUACGCAUAUUUAAAUAUACCCUAUAAGGGUUUUAGCCAGGUUUUAAAAAAGAUAGUGUGCUACAAACUACUAAAAAGAGACAGGGUGCUGAGGGACUAAAGGGGAUGUUGAAUUUCAUAGAAAAUGUUCGACAAUUGAAGUAAUAUUCAGUUUCAGAUACCAAAUACGUAAAGUUUGUUUGAAUUCAUAUUAAUCAUUUUUCAAGUUUUAAUCAUAACAAUAGAUGAAUUUGAUUAUAAAUCCUAAGCAUUUAAUUCUUUGAAGGCAGGAGGAUGCACAUUCUGGUCUCCAUUAGGGUAGAAGGGUGCUUUCAAAUCAGCACAGGGAACUGCUCCCUCCCAUAACCCUCUAGCUCAAAACCCUACCUAUUCAAGUUGUACUUGUGUUAAAAUGUCAGUUACUGGACCAUUUUCUCAUCACAUUUGGCUCUUGCUGUGGGCAAUUAUAACAGUUUCACAUGCAUAGAGACAAAAAGCAACAGAUCCUGAUACAAUUCAACUUUGAGUGGGUUGUGAACGAGUUAUGUUUACUUUAAUACUUGUAAAACUUCAAACCAGGAUACACACGUUACUCAAAUGGGAAUAGGACAUGCUCAAUCUGUUUGUUAUCUUGUGACAUUGUUCUUGAUGGAUGAAAAGACAUCUACGCAAAGAAAAUAAAUCCUAAAUGUGACCCUUGAGAAAGAGAAGUUCAAACAACUUUAUACUCAAAACUGACGCAUUGUACAACUGUAGAUAUCAUAGAUGGUUCCACAUAAAUCAUUUAAAAUGUACAAAAUAUGCAUUGAAAAUUAUUUAUGUUCAUACUUCAUUAAGGUAAGUCAUCUAUCAUUAGGAUGCAAACAUGUGUUUGGGCAUUAGGGUAAUGCACCAGUCAAUUGUAACCACGGCCCUCCCAGGUCUGGGAAAUAGGGGGGACUUCGACUUUCCGUCCAGCCCGGGUAAAAUCCCCACCCUGCGGAAAGGAACUGCUGGUAAAAUCCCCGCCAAAUGCCCCCGCACCCCAGGAACCCUAAGUAAGGCCCAUUCCCCGCUAUUUUCGGUGCAAAGACAAAACCACCGCAUUCACCCGGCACUGCGGGGCCACCUGGAAGAUAAAACCACGGCCCAUUUCCCCGGCCAUCCCCAGUAUAUCCCGGGACCUGGGGGGCAGUGGUUAUAAUUGACUGGUGCAUAACUUAUCCAUCAUUAAAAUGCAAAGAUGUAUUAUAAAAGGGCAUUGGGGUAAGUCAUCCAUCAUAAGGAUGCAAAAAUGUUUUGGAUCUAACAAUAUAUUACUAUUAUAAAGCAGUUUAAUUAACCUGUUUCUUAAAUAAUCUAAUAUCUACUAUAAGAAAGGCUCUCAUUGAAAACAAAAAAAAGAAAUGAAUGUAUUCAAACUUAACAAUUUGUUACUUUAAACUUUAACUUUAGCAAGUAUUUGUAUUAAUUGUGGAUGGAUUGCCUUAAAGCCUGGCUUAAUAUAUCAUUGGAUACCCACAAUACACUUCUACAUUUUACUUUGUUGUGUAUCAAACAUGUAUAUGAAAUGAAACAGAAAAUGUACUGUAGUUGAUGACAAUGCGUUUAAUAUUGUCAAUGAUUUUGUCAAUACGAAACCAUAGUUUUAUUGUUUUUCUAGUCUUAAGAUGUUAAUGUUAUGUGAUGCAUAUAUAUUUCUUAUUUACCACAUGCCAAAUGAUCAAUAGACUAAAGUCAUGUGGAAUUCUUGGAUUGUAUUAUCCGACCAUGAACUUUAUAUAAAAUGUAUAUACAUAAUCCUUUUAUUUGUUUAAUUAAGUAAGUAAUAAGUGGUCAACAUAAUAUUUUGUCCUUUGAUAAGGUUUCCUACACAUUUGUUUAAGUAAAUCAGUAGUCAGCCAUCAAUGAUUUUAAUCAGGUGAAGUGGUAGAUAUAAACGGUGGCUGGUCUAGUAAGUGGGUAGUUUACAAAAUAUUAUACAGACCACUAAGAAAAUUAUAGAUUCUAUGCUCUGACUUACUUAAAUAAAAUGGUUACGGCUGCAUCGCAUUAUGCUAUUUAUUUAUUUUUAUAUAAGUACAUACCAACAAUCUUUAAAUAUAACUACAUGUAGAUGAUUGACUAUUUUAACUUAAGUGUUAUUUUUGUGAUUGCUCAUGCAUGAUGUUAAAAUCCAGCCAAAUGUAGCAUUUUAUCUCUACCCAUCAGUGAACUUAAGGUUUUUUUGGCCAUGCAUAAUUUAUUUAUUAAAAUUUGUUAUGUUAAUUAUUAAACUAUUAUAUUGUGAUACUAAAUUAAAAAAAAAAAAAAACAGUUUAUAAAGAACAAUGUUUUGAAAUAGCAACUAUGUUUCUUUUUGCACAAAAAUACUUUUUUCAAUAUAUUUUAUUUGUGUUAUAUUCAAUUUUGCCCGAGUAUGACUUAUAUCAGAUUUAAGCUAUGUUCUCAAUUGAGCUAGAAUCACAUGCUUUUAGAUAGAGUUUUUGACCCUACAAAAGUAUUUUUAAAUAUGUCUCAUGAUUAUCAAUGGUCAUCAAAUGUAAAGAAAAAGGAAAUAGAUACUUGUCAGAAAGAUUGAAAGUGUUUAAGUUGUUGACAAACAUGUAUAUAUAUCAAGUCAUGUGUUUGGAAUGUAUUUUGUUUAUUUAUUUCUAAUGCUAUAAAUAUGAAAUGAAAUAAUGAUAAUUUGCUUGUUAUUUAUAAACAAUAGUGUAUGCAUUUGCAGAUGAACAAAAUAAUUGCUAGAUUUUCAUCUUCGUCCGCUCCCACUUUUUCCUCCACUUCUUCAAUUUUAUUAACUCAAAUAACGAUGUUGAAAUAGGGUUCCAGAAACCUACAGUGUUGAUGUGUUACGAGCAUGUUUGUGGGUUGUCAUAAACACGAAUAUACAGGAGUCAAAAGUCAAGGUCAGAGUGACCUUGAAUGCAAACUACAAUUCCUAGACCUAUGGUCAUCAAACUUGACAUGAAGGUUGGGCUUGACCAGUAAAUGACCCCUACUGAUUUUAGGGGUCAAAGGUCAAGGUCACAGUGACCUUAAAUGCAAACUCUACAAAUUCUGGACCUAUGGUCAUCAAACUUGACAUGGAGGUUGGGCCUGACCAGUGUAUGACCCCUAUUGUUUUUAGGGGUCAAUGGUCAAGGUCACAGUGACCUUGAAUGCAAACUCAACAAUUCCUGGACAUAUGGUCAACUAUCUAACUAAUUUGACAUGAAGGUAGUCCCUUAUGCAAUAAGAAAGAACAUGAACACAUAUUCAACCGUAAAAUGGUUAUCAUAAAAAAAAAAAAAAAUGUCACCCCACGCCCUUAUUUAAAAAUAAUUUGGAUGAAAAUCUAGCAAUUGAUUUAUAUUGGCCUUUAAGGGGCUGGUUCAGAUAUUUCAUUGUGGCAUCUUUCAAAUUCUAAACUUUGUGAAAUUCAGUUUAGAGACUUAUUAACAACGAUGAACUGUAUAUGUUCAAGUAAACAAUAAAUGUCCUGUUCUGUUUCGGUAUUAAUAUUAUAAACACCAAACAGUAUUUGGUAUAUACUCGAUUAAACAGAAUUUUGAAAAUGAAAAAUAUAAUGAAAACAACAGGGACAAGCCUAGUUGUCUACAAUUCUAAAAUACACCUGUUUAAGAGGCACACACAACAAAAAACAACACAUACACAAAUACAAACAUCACAAAUUGUCCAAACAUACUUAAAAAAGCUUUAUCAAUAAAUGAUUUACUUGAUAAUCAAGCAUAAAAGUAUUAAGGUCUCCAUUGCAUUUGUGACUAACUCAGUUAGUGAAAUAAAAUGCUAAUUUGAAUUGUUGAUGUUUUAUCAUUGGAACAAACAUUUUUUUCACAUCUCAUAGAUUUUUUUUUUGUUGAAGUCAGACCACAAAUAUGCAAACAAGUCCGAUUAAUUGAUAUCACAUCAUUAUUAUUAUAAAUACUCUUUUUCUUGAUGAAUACAUAUGUGUAUGUUCUAUCAUAUAAAUAUUUAUUCUAUUUUAAAGCUUUGCCCAAACUGUAUUUCAUUUUACAAGCUUGGCUGAUUUUUUUAGAAAAAGUUUUAAGUAAUGUGACGGACAAUCCAUUGUCAUGCAAAUAUUAAAUGAUUGGUGAGUGCUAAAAGAUUAACAGUGAUCAACUAUCGUCUCAUAAUAUAGAAAUACCAUGUUUUCUGCACCUUUCUUUCAAAUUAAACACUGUAUCCUUCAUAGGACCAUAUAAAUUGUUAUAUUUAUUCAUUCUUUUUGGUAAAUUAAAACAAUUGUAUUAAUUGUGGUAAAUCCUAUUUGGGAGUAAGAGUGCAUCUUU